AAAGAGAGAGGAAAGCAUUUAUUUAUUUAUUUAUUUUUUGCUGGAUAGAGGAAAGGAAUACUUAGAGAGAGCGUUCUAGAGAGAGAGAGAGAAGGAGAGAGAGAGAGAGAGAGUGGGUUCUAUCUGUUUGACCCAUGAUUUGUUGAUUUCUAGUUUAUAUAAACGUUGUUUGUUUGUUAUAUGAGCUCAUGGCUAUGAUGUUAUUCUGAAGUUCUAAUAGAAUAAAAUCUUUCAUUUUGUUGCUAUUUCUUUGCAUUACAGACAGAGUUCUAUUGAUAGAUCAAGGAAGAUCUGAGCCUAAUUUGAAGACUUUCCUUUCUCUCUGUCCCCAAAGGUGCCUCCGAGUACGAUCUCCAUUAACAAUUUCUCAAAGAUAACCAUGGAGGUCGUUUAUGGCAUAGCUGUGGAAGUGUUGAAGAGGGUAGGUGGUUUUGCCGACCAAAAGAUUAGCUUGGCAUGGGGCAUGAAAGACGACCUAAAGAAGCUUGAGGAGACCAUGUCCACUCUCGAAGCUGUGCUCUUAGAUGCCGAGGAGCAGCAGCAAGAAAACAAGGACAUAGAAGUCUGGUUGAGGCGGCUUAAGGAUGUCUUCCUUGAUGCUUGGGACGUGCUGGAUGAAUAUGAGUGUGAACUGCUCAGAAGAGAAGUGGUGAAGAGACAUGGACGCAUUGAUAGAAAGGUACGUCGUUUCUUCUCGCGCUCCAAUCCACUUGCGUUCUGCUUGAGCAUUGGUAAUCAAAUUAAGGCGAUAAGGCAAAAGUUAGAUGAUGUUGCCAAAGAUAAGAGUAAUUUCCAUCUAAAAGAACAUCAUCAGGAUGCAAGGCAAGUGCGGAGGGAGAUGGAAUCUUCCUUUGUAAGGCCUUCGGAAGUUAUUGGUAGAGAAAGUGACAAAGAUAAGAUCGUGAAGUUAUUGAUGCAAAAAGACAACAAUGAUAGUAUCUCUGUUAUACCGAUAAUAGGAGUUGGGGGUCUAGGAAAGACUGCGCUUGCCAAGUUAGUGUACAAUGAUGACAAAGUUAUUGAGAAGUUUGAUUUAAAACUAUGGGUGUGUGUGCAACAAGAUGUUUCUGUCACUGAACUGACAAGAAAAAUUCUUAUAUCUUCUAUCAGUGCAACUAAUACCGUACAUCAAUCAUUGAAGCAAACAAGGGAUAUUAGUAAUUUGUCUAUAGAUCAGUUGCAAUUGUUCUUGCAAAGCAUUUUAAAGGACAAAAAGGUUUUGCUUGUACUGGAUGACGUAUGGAAUGAAGAUCGCGGUAAAUGGAACGAGGUGAGAGAUUUGCUGUCGGCAGUUUGCACUAUGAGGAGCAGAGUCAUAGUUACAACACGCAAUACUCAAGUAGCAUCAAUCAUGGGCACAACUCGGACACAUCAUUUGGAAUGUCUCUCUGAGGAGGAUUCUGUGUCUUUAUUUUUCAAAUAUGCAUUUGUAGAUGAACAAGAGGCUGCACGAUUUCCAAAACUAAAAGAUAUUGGCAAGCAAAUUGUACAAAAGUGUGGAGGGCUUCCUUUGGCAUUGAAGACUUUGGGGAGCGUGCUUUGCUCAAAAACUGAUGAAGGUGAAUGGAUUUAUGUGAGGGAUAGCGAGAUAUGGGAGUUGAGACGAGAGCAAAAUGAUCCUAUUUUAGCUGCACUGAAAUUAAGCUACAGUACAAUGUCUCCGUCCUUAAAGCAAUGCUUUGCUUAUUGUUCUCUUAUUCCAAAGAACAAUCGAACGACUGACUUGGACAUGACCAGGAUAUGGAUGGCAUUGGGCAUCAUUCACUCACGUAGUGACAAAAUGGAAUUGGAAAGUAUUGGGAAAUUGCAUUUCAAAGAGCUUUGCGGCAGAUCUUUCUUUCAAUAUCUUGACGAUGCCGAGGAAUAUUACAAUUUAUUUCAGCAGUUUGAAAUGCACGAUUUAGUUCAUGAUCUUGCAACUUCAAUCAUCCGACAUGAGUUUGCCAAAAUAGAUUCCAACACUAAAACUGCCCCAAAUGAGAGAGUGCGGCAUUUGAGGAUAUUGUUGAAGGAUGGCCAUGGUCAAAGCAUCGUAACAAUCGUGCAGAAAUUACAAAAAGUGCGGAGUAUUUUUGUUGCUAAAGAAAAGGGUGAAGAGCCUAAUAUUCAGGAGUCCUUCCUUUCCACAUGCAUCUCAAGAUUCAAAUACUUGCGACUGUUGGAUUUAGAUGGUUUAUGUUUUGACGUGCUGCCAAGUUCAAUUGGUGCUCUCAAGCAUUUGAGAUGUCUGGACUUAACUGGAAACAAAAAGAUCAAAAAACUGCCCAAUUCAAUUUGCAAGCUGCAAAGUUUGCAAACUCUGUACCUCCAUGGGUGUUCAGAGCUUGAGGAGUUACCAAGGGAUAUUAGAAACUUGGUCAGUCUCAGAAAUCUCUCUAUAACCACAAAAGAGACCUGUCUUUCUGAGAAUGGAAUUGGAUGCUUGAGAUCUCUUCGAGAUUUGUGUAUUACUGAAUGUAGAAAUUUGAGAUCUUUGCCGCAAGAUUUGAGAUGUUGUACCACAUUACGUACUCUGGUUGUAAAUGAAUGUGAACAACUUGAGUUGGCGAGCGGACCCGAUGAAGUAAUCAACAACCAGUUGAGUCUUCAAACAUUGAUGAUUAAUGAAUUGCCACAGACGACAGCUUUACCCCAGUGGCUACAACGCGCUGCUGACACUCUGCAACAUUUGCUUGUUUUUUAUUGUUGCAAAUUAGCCACAUUGCCAAAGUGGCUGCCAAACCUCACAACACUUGAGACGCUUACUAUGUUUGCUUGUCCGAAUUUGUCUUCUCUGCCUGAGGGGAUGGAGCGGCUCACAUCCCUAACACGUUUGGAAAUUAAUGGUUGCGAUGCAUUGGAGGCGAGAUGCAAACGUGACAUUGGUGAGGAUUGGCCAAAGAUUGCUCAUGUUCCACGCUGUCUUAUUGGUUCCGAAUCUGAUGAGGACUAGUUCUCUCGUACGCUUUGGGAAAGAAGCCUACAGCUACUGAAAUCCUCAACGGCCGAUUGAUCAGUUGCCAAAGUUGGUGCUAAAUUUAAAGUAUAUCUAUAGUUUGAUCAGCUACUGAAAUCAUCAAUAGUUUGAUACUUUGAUUGUGAUUUAUCAUGUCUUUAAGUAUAUCUAUUUGUGUGUAUAUCUAUAAAAUGUCUCCUUGACCGAUAAUUUAAGGGCUCGUUCGUUUUGCUGAUUCGGAUUUA